AUUACGUUAGAAGUGUAGAAAAUACUGAGAAUACCUACAUAAACCUGUACAUAAAUACAUUUCUGAACAGAAACAUUGCCAUAUGGGAAAAGCGAACUAAAACUGUCUACUUCUGCAUCAGUUGUUUUGCCUCGUGUUUGUCUAAAACUGAGCUCUCUGCUGUCAGGUAUCCAGCAUGGACUAUGACCAAAGCACCAGUGGCCAGCCUGAACAGCAACAAUCACCUUCUGCGAACAACCCUGAAGAUCUGCCUUCUCAGAAUUACUUCGGGAAAGCAAGUGAGACACCGCUUCUUCAGUCCCCUGAGAACACAGCCCAGGCUCAGCCUGAAACAAAGCUCUGUGAUGUAUCUGAGGAGCUGAGCCAACAGCUGGAGGACAUUAUUAAAACCUACGGAUCAGCUGCCUGUCUGGUGGAGGAAGGGAAUAUGAAAGCAACAGACGGAGCUGAGAAAGGAGAAUUGUUUAGUCCCGAAGAUGGGGUCUAUGAAGAUGGCCAUGAUGAGGCUGAGAAAGACCAGGCCCCUUUGGGGGAUGGCUCAAAGGAGGCCAGUAUUCCAAAAGAACAAAAACUGGAAAAGAAAAUCUUGAAAGGAUUAGGAAAAGAGGCUACCCUGCUGAUACAACAUCUGACCAAGCUGAAUACAGCAGAAGAAAAAUUGGAGCUCUUAUUUAAGAAGUAUGCAGAACUGUUGGAAGAACAUCGUUCUGAACAAAAAAAGCUGAAGUAUCUGCAGAAAAAACAGGCCCAGCUCAUGAAGGAAAAAGACCAAUUACAGAGUGAACACAGCAGAGCCAUCCUGGCCCGGAGCAAAUUGGAGAGUCUUUGUAGGCAACUCCAAAGACACAACAAAACCCUGAAGGAGGAGACACUUCAGCGAGCAAGAGAAGAAGAAGAAAAGAGGAAGGAGAUCACGAAUCAUUUCCAGGGCACACUGAAUGAUAUCCAGGCACAGAUUGAGCAGCAAAGUGAGAGGAACAUGAAGUUAUGCCAGGAAAAUUCUGAGCUGGCUGAGAAACUGAAAAGCAUCAUUGAUCAGUAUGAAGUCAGAGAGGAGCAUCUUGAUAAAAUAUUUAAGCACAGGGAACUUCAGCAGAAACUGGUAGAUGCCAAGUUGGAACAGUCACAAGAGGUUAUGAAGGAAGCUGAAGACAGGCAUCAGCGAGAAAAGGAAUAUCUACUUACCCAAGCAGCAGAAUGGAAACUACAGACAAAAAUGCUAAAGGAACAAGAGACUGUUCUCCGGGCUCAGCUGACACUCUAUUCUGAACGUUUUGAAGAAUUUCAGAAAACGCUAACAAAAAGCAAUGAAGUGUUUGCCAACUUCAAGCAAGAAAUGGACAAGAUGACAAAGAAAAUGAAAAAACUGGAAAAAGAUACAGCCACAUGGAAAGCAAGGUUUGAGAACUGUAACAAAGCUUUACUGGACAUGAUUGAAGAGAAAGCCAUGAGGGCCAAGGAAUAUGAAUGCUUUGUAGUGAAAAUUCAAAGACUAGAAAAUCUUUGCAGAGCUCUGCAGGAGGAACGGAACGUAUUGUAUAAAAAAAUAAAAGAAGCACAAUUCCCUGAAGAGAACAAAGAAGAGGAAGCAGAAGACGAUGAGGAGGAAGAACAGCAAGCUGGAGUGGAGGAUAGUCUGGAGAAUAAGACAACAGUUACAAGUCAGGCUAUUGAUGAGCCAUCUGCCACCAGUGAAAUUAUCCCAAAAGAUUUGGCUACAGCUUUCAUGGUGAUUCACGUGAAUAUGCCUGUAAUCCCAACCAAUGAAGAAAAAGUGGAAGAACUACACGAUCCCAAAGUAUGUGACCCAAUUUGUCCUCCUGAAAUACUGGAUUCUUGCAAGCCACAAGGCAACCAGGACUGCUGUAUUGAUCCAACAUCCAUGCCCAAAGCACAGGAACUAGAGGGGGACAUAGUAAAACUUGAUCCCGAUCAUCCCGUGUUGAAGCUCUCAAAUACUGACAUGGAAGAUGUUGAUUAGCACGAUAUAAUGAUGUGUUUCCCCAAAAAUUACAUUCUCCAACCCUUUCCUAAACUUUGCUGGUUUUCAUAGUAAUAUGGCUUUACAAGUAUUUUCAAACCUCCUUCAAUUUCAUAGAAUACACGCUAUUGUAUUCCCAUGAUUACUGGUGGUGUUUGAAUCUGCUUUACUUCUCAUUCAGGUAAAGCCAAGAGUUUAGGCAUCUUGACCUAAUUACCUAACAGUAAUUCGCCUCAUAAUUUUCUGCUACUUUCAUCAUAGUUAAGUCUUUGGAAAUGUUGUGGAUUUCUGAAAACAUUUUUUUUGUUUUAAAUUUAUAUGCCUUAAGUUGGGAUCUGGUAUGAAGUGAUCUGUCAUAUGUUUUCUGAUAUAGAAUGACGGUGUUAACACUGAUCCAUGUCCAAGCUUAGAAUGGCUGUAUUAUAUCUUUAGUCAUACAAUCUGACUUGAAAAAUAAACUAAAUUUGGAAAUCUUUCAAGAUCCAGUACAAGAACAGGUAGGCCUCAAACUUGGGAAUGGCAUUUAAAUUUUGCUUUCAAAAAUUAGCUGUUUCUUUUGCAGUAAAUUCUUUUGGGGUUAUAAAAUAUGCAAAAUGGCACACACCUGUUCCUAUAUUCUACAUCAGCAGUCCCCAAAUCUCUUGUACUAGGGGACUGAUUUCAUUGGUAAAAAUUAUAUUUUCAUGGACUGGAGGAGGGGGAUGAUUUUGAUUUCACUCGCCUGCCACUCACUUCCACCUUUGUGACCCAGUUCCUAACUAUCAACGGACAGGUAUUGGUCCAUGGCUCGAAGUUGGGGACCCCUAUUCUGCAUUCAUAUUUUAUAUUACAAAUAAUUUAUCUGUCUUUUUAAAAUUGUUAUUAUUCAAACAUGUAUGACCACGAUCUAGUACCUGAGUUUGUCAUUGGAUUCCCCUGAAUUAAACAAUUAUUCAGUAUGUUAUCUAGACUAUAUAAUUUUAUGCCAAUCAAUUGAAUUCACAUUUUUUUAAACACUGGAUUGCAUCUCAGGAAUUCUAGCCUAGUUUCAAUAUUAAGAUUUUCAUUUAUAACCUCCUUAGUAUUUUAAACAUUGCCUUAAUAGUUUUCAUUUGCUGGGGAUUCCCCCCCCCCUUUCUUUUAUUAGACAAAAGCUCACAUUUCUACAAAAGCUGUCAGAUGUGGAUGUUUUUAUGGGGACUAUAAACAGAAAUUUGAAUUAGGCCUAAUAAUGAUCAGAUUCUUCAAAACAGUUGAGAUAUAUUAUCUCAGUAAUGUAAUGUAACGAACCAUCUGAAAAAUAGUUGAUAAUAUUUGUCUGAGAUCAUCAAGGUAUACAUUACCACCUGUAUUGAAGAGAUUCAAAUUAGGGAUGACUCCAGAACCAAUUUCACAGUAGGAAUCUCUCCACAUUAGACAUUAAAAAAUCUAUUUGAAGAUCUCUCUAUAAUACUACAUUGUACUGUAUAAUGUAUUGUGAUUGCACUUUGAGAGUUGGGAGAGCAGGUUGGUCUCCAAUUUAAAAAUACUAGAAAUGACUACAAAGGCAAAAAGAGAAACCUUUGAUCCCAAAGCCCCACCCAAACAGGCAGAGUCUAUAAGACAAGCCAAAUGAAUCAUUAAUAAGUAGCAAGUCUAUACCUGAGAUUUUCAUUGAACUGACAACAUCUAUCAUGCAAAAAUGAGAAGCAACUUUAGCAAGUUUGUAGAGUGGUGCAAAAAUAUCUUUUGAAAACCCCUGACAGAUCCAAAUUAAUAGUUAGAUGUUUCUAGGGGCUAUUACAAAUAGGAUUCUGGCUACAAAAUGAUUGUUGAAGUAUCCUGCUUGAGUGGUUCACUUCAUGGUUAUCUCAUACAUUUUUGUAUUAUUCCUUGUGGAAACAUACAUACAAUCAAUGUACUUGAAAGCAGUAAACAGACAGAAUGAGGGUUUCCACCUACUCAACUUUUCUGUCUUUUUAAAGCCAUAAAUACUAAAAGGCUGGUGCACACUUAGUACUAAUUCACCAGCAAUUCACAACUAUCCACUGUACUUACAGAUCAAGAAUUUCAAGCAGCCAGAAAAAGCCUGUGCCAGAACUGAUGAUCACACUUUUUUCACUUUCUACAUGACAUUAGCAACUAAAUAAGCUUUAUUUGUUUUUUUAUAUAACUCUAAGGUGUUGGGAUGUUUGAGACACAGGUAGUACUCGACUUACAACCAGUCACUUAGUGACCAUUCAAAGUUGCAACAGACCCCAAAAAAGGGAGGACAGGAUUUGAAGUUCUGACAUCUGUCCCCAGUCAUGUUCAUUUUGGGCACUCAGCCCAUAAAUGCACCAGCCUGUAUUUAUGGCUCUUUGCUACAUCCUGUGAAUAUGUGACUGCAAUUUACAUUUUUGAUUUUGCUUAACAUGUGUUUGCUUCAUAACUACCAUGCUCAUUUAAAGACGCCAGAAAAGGUCAUAAAAUCUGAUGAUCAUGUGGUGACCUGAAAUUGCGGGCUCAAUUAUUAUAAAUGAAGGACUACCUGUAACUUGUUUACAAAUGUUUGAGAAAAUAAUGUAAAAUUUGCUAUUGCUAAGGAAACCCUGGAAGCCUUAGUUAUGAUACCCUGUUUCCCUGAAAAUAAGACCUCUCCGGAUAAUAAGCCUAAUCGGGCUUUUGAGUGCAUGCACU